AUGGAGGAUGUAGAUGAUGAGUUCGGCGAUUUAUACGCAGACGUUGAAGUGGAAGCAAGCUCAGCCAUGAAUGGUGCUCCACAAUUUCCUCAACAACAGUUUGUAGGCGCUGAAACUGAUAAACUGAACAGUGUUUUAGAAGCGAGUAGUGAUAAAGAGGAUAGAGCAAGUGAUGGUAUUGAAUUUGAUGAGGAGGACGACGACGAUGAUGAUGAUUUGAAUAUAGUCUUGAAUAGCGAUGAUGAUAGUAUGAGGUACGGGGAAGGUUUUACGAUUGGAAAGGCUAAUACAAAAUUGGGGAGUGGAGAGUUAGAAGAUGAAGACGAUGAUAAUUUGGGUAGGGAAGAAUUUGUGGGAGGGAAAUAUGUAGGCAAAGCUGGGUCGGGUGGUGUUGGUGAUGGUAUUAGCCAGAAUUUAGUUGGAGGGAAGACGGCUUAUAAUUCGCAUUCAACGUACAAGUAUCUAAGAUCUCACUUGGCAGCAUAUGCAAGUGAUUUAAAAGGAAGUGGAUGUAGGGCAGCAGCUUAUUUGUCUGGGGAGGACAAUGGAUAUUGUCAGCGAAUGGGGUCAAGGUCAAUGGGACAUCAAAGUGGACAAAGAUUCUCACUUCCUCGGGCUAGGAACAUACUUGAUGUUAAUAUUGAUAUAUUUGAGCAGAAGCCUUGGAAGCAUCCUGGAGCAGAUAUAACUGACUAUUUCAAUUUUGGGUUGAAUGAGGAUAGUUGGAAGCUUUAUUGCAACCAAGUGGAUGAAUAUCGUCAUAGGUCAAGUGGGACGGCAGCCUCAGAACCUGCUCAAUUAAUGGAAACAAAGGCAUAUGGAGGUGGAAUUGAGCAUGAGAUUGUUGCUCGUGAUUCAUGUGGAAAAAGUGAAACCAGGCAGAGAGGUCGAGCUAUUCAGGUAGAAGACAGCAAUGUUGAGCGUCAGUCAUCCAUGGAUGUAAGGCGUCAACUGGAUCGUGAUUCAGAUGUUAUACAAAUCACCAUUCUGGAUCCAGAGGAGCAUUGCUCUGGGUCUGCCAAAGAAGGAUCAAGCCAUCUUGACGGUUCUGUACCUGAAGCAUCCAAUCAUAGAGAUGUUAGUGGGGAUGAUGGCAAGGAUCAUCUUUCUUUUAGUAGUGCAAGUGACGAUGAAUCCGUUGAGGGGAAUCACCUGGAGAUGGAAAUAUAUGCCUGUAAAAGGUCUUCCAAUCUAAGAAGUAGCAAUAAGCUGGUGACAAGGGGCUCCGAAAAUCAUGAAAUUCAUCAGAUAUCUGAUGUAUAUGGACGUCGAUGCUGUAAGAUAGAUAUUUCUGGUUCAGGAGGAAGUGAUGAAGCAAUUAGAACUUCAGAUAACACAAAGGAAAGGGCUGGUGAGGAUACAUGCACCCCAGACCCGUCCAUGUUGGUAGUAGACUCAUCCGAGGCAGAAAAGAGCCCUGCAAAUCAUUGCAAAGCAUUUGAAAGUGGUACAUGUAUUAAUAGGCCAAAAUCUUAUAGUCAUGAGAGACGUCCAUCGACAAUCUCAUUUACUGGGCUGACACCAUCACCCAAGCAUGGCUACCAUCAUUCAGAGGACUCAAAAAGACCAGAUGACAAAAUUGAACAUGGUGAGAAUAGAUAUCAUGUAAGGCAUUCUAAUCGUGUACAUAGCAAUCGAAAUCAUGGAGAUUCCAAAUGCAAACUUCAUGAUGAAAAUGAUGACUCCUACUCAAGAAGGUUGGCUGACAAAACAAAACUUGGUGACCGUGGAUAUCAUGCAAGAUGCAAUAGUCCUGUAUAUAACAAUAGGAUCCGCAGGGAUUCCAAACCUAAACUUCACCCUGAAAAUGACGACUUCUGCUCAAGAAGACCAUAUGACAAAAGGAAACCUGGUGAGCAUAGAUAUCAUACUAGAUACCAUAGUCCUGUAUAUAACCAUAGGAGCUGUGGGGAUUCCAAACUUAAAGCUCACCAUGAAAAUGCCAUGUCUGAGAUUGGGGGGGCCUAUGGUGUGCGCUCAACAGUUGGCCAUAACAGACGGAAUGGGAAAUUGCAUCCUUUAGAUCCUUAUGAUGAGGGAAACAUAUCAUAUUCAAGGGAAUUGGAACUACCUUCAGGUAAUUAUGGUGAAAGGUUUUUUGUCUACGGGGAUCGGGAUACUUUGGCAAGAGACCUUCAUCAUGAAGGCUAUGAAAGAUUUGAGGCCAAGAUGGAUCUAUCUGCUUUCAGAAGUUCAGAUGAGAAGGAAUAUUAUGGUGAACGAAGAAGAUAUAUUGAGGAUGACAAAAUGAUGGCAGGGGAUUGGUGCCAUCAUGAAAGGGAACUUGCUGUUGAGCAUGUAAAUUUCUUCUCUAGCCAGAACUCGAAAUAUCCUUCCUAUCUGAAAUAUAAAAGGGGUGCCCAGUGGAAAAGGAAGGGAGAUAAUCUGCAUUUCAGAAAUAAAGACGAAGAUGAUGAAUGUUUUCUUGAAAGGGAAUAUCCUGACGAUAUACAAGGAGAAAAAUUUAGAUCUCUUACUUAUAAUGACAGGGAAAGAGAUGAUUUUGAACGCAACUAUGUAAAACAUGUAGAGUAUACUAGAUGGGAAUUUAGAGGCCCUGGAAGAAACAAGAGGAUGGCCAGCAGUCCAUCUUCUGAAUUAAAUCAUCCGUUGCUGAAAAGCGAUGAAGAUAGAUACCUGAGAUACAAGAAGGGUCAUUCCUUUACAUCUCGAUCUUCUGAAGAAUCCCAUAUUAAUAAUGACAGAUGGCAUGGUAACAUGCCGCCAAGAAACAAUUUAUACGGAGGACAUGGGAGAUAUAGAGUGCAAUGGACUGGAAAAUUUGGAUAUGAUGGUUCUUUGCAUGAUUCUGAACCUUUUGAUAGAGAAGAUUACACGAUUGAUAUCAAUGAUCGUGUGGAUAUGGGAAGAUCAAGGCACCAUUUGCAAUCUGAAAUGCAAUGGGAAGAAGAUGAAGUUAUGUUGGGGAAUGAUGAUGCUAAAUUUUGUGAUGAAAGAGCAUCGUUUCGUUUUGAUAAGGUAUCAAGACGUGAAAGUUUUGUUUCUGAACAUAAACCUGACCAGGUUGAGGAGUCAAUUGGUCAUCCACAUGUAGAAAGGUGUAAAUAUGAACUGAGAGAAGGAGCUAUUAAUGAUAAGUUUGAGAGAACAUCAAAUGUUACUUGUGAAGGGAGUCCUAUACAACGAUUCCAGGGGAGCGGGGAUACACUUAAGUUUGAUGGAACUUCAAAUGUUACCCAUGGAGGGAGUCAUGAGCGGUUGUUCGUGGACGGUGUGGAUUCACGUGUGGUUGAUGGACUUGAUAUUGUUGAGGAGCUGAUUCAUGAUUCGCAUGCAGAGAUUUGUAGAUAUACACAGACAAGAGAAGUGAUUAGUGGCAACAAGUGUAGUAAAACUCACGGAAAGAGUCGUGAACAACUAUCACUGAGCUGCAGGAAUUCGCUCGAUUCACACUUGGUUGUGGGGGAAGGAAAGUCUGCUGAUAAAGCGGAAUGGAAUGCUGAUGAACAGAAAAAGCACGCUAGGAUGGAUUUCGACUCAUGCCCAAGUGAUAAGGUGGUGGUCCAAGCUGUUAAAACAAAAGGGAUGGUUAAAGGUUUGGACAUCGAGGAAGGUCAGAUUCUAACCGAAGAAGUAAAAAUCAUGAAAAAGGACAGUGGGGCACACACAAAUGAUGUGAACGAUCAAAAUCCAAAGACGGGGUUUGAUAAUUCUCGAAUUCUCGAGGCAAUGGCAAAGAUGGAAAAGCGAAGAGCGCGUUUUAAAGAGCAGAUUACUACCACUAAGAAUGAUUCCGAUAGCACCACUAAACCUACAGUUGUGGACUCGAUUCAACAAAGGCCAGCUAGAAAGAGGAGAUGGGGAGGAAGCUGAAACAAUUGUCUGCUUAAAACUGACUAUAACGGACACUCGGAUAGCACAUGAAGGUAAACAGAGCAAGACAUUAUUUCAAUAUUCCUGAAAACAUAUUAUUAGCAUUGAACAUGAUUCUAAUACAGCUCUCUCUGCUAGUUGUUCAGAAUCCUUGAUGUUUUGUGAAAACAACAAGAGUUAUCAGGAUUUCUUCAUGUUUACACAUUGAAAUCUAUUUAGAAAAUGAUAAGCCAUCUUUUAUACUGAUCUACCAUAUGAUAUAACAGAUGCCUGCUGUUCUUUUCUCGAUUAGAUUUUCAUAUCGUUCAUCUUUUAUGGUAUAA